AUGCCACGGCCACUUCUUGCAGGCUGCUCUCAUUCCCGAGGCCUGAAAGAGGAGGAAGAGGAGACCCAACCCUGUUACCACCACCACCACCACAUGCCACCUUCUCCAGACCAUAUCAAGAGUCACAUCAGCUCUGGAGACAGUCAGCUGAAAAAUUCAAAUGACCCACCCACAUUUUCCUUGAAAGGGUUGACUAAAAACAAGACCCGUGGAGGGGCAAGACAGCAUGAAGCAAAAAAUAGAAGUUAUAGGAAGAAAAUGGCCAGGCAGAACCUUGAACUGGAAGAGGUGUCUCUUUCACCAGAACCAUUAGGCUUGAGCUUGGAGUUUCAAGAACCAUUAUACAAGGAGGCAGCCAUCACCGACCAUCUGUCUGAUGAUGACGAUGAUAGUGACUGGAGAGAAAGGUAUGACAAAGUACAUCUAUCAAGGAUCACCAAUAUUACUCAGUGUGACCCAUACAAUUACAACUCAGCCAGUCUUUCAGGGAUGGAAACUUUCUCUUCCUGGCCAUUCAGUGAUAAUGACAUGUGUAUGGGGUGCCCAUCUCAUACCAAGGCAGCCGAAAGCUAUGCUGCUCAUGAAGAAACUAUUGGAGAAGUGGAAUAUGUGUCUCCUCAGCUGAGUUACCAAGAGCUUAGGGAGGAAAAUUCUAUGCUGAGGAGAAAGAUCAAAAGGAUCCAAAACUUCUCAGAAAGCCAGACACAGAUGUUGAGAAACCUUGAGAGGACCCUGCAAGCCACGGUGAAUAAAGAGGAAAAAGACGCACAGGAUCUGGAAGCUUUGGUGCAGCAGGCAGAACAAAAUCUCCAGUGCAUGACUCAGAGGGCCUUGAAGGCAGAGAGUGAUGUUGAGAGGAUGAAACAGGAGAUGUCUUUCCUCCAAGCUGAGCUUACCUGCUACAAAGUGGAGAAUGAAACACUGCGGUCUGGCCAGUCUACCAACAUGGGGGCAGUAAAACAGCAUGUUGAUGUAGCUUUGCAAAAUCUCCUGCGGGUGACCAACCAUGCACACACAACUAUCCACCAGUUGGUCUUUGGAGCAGAAACACUGUCACUUGUUGCUGAUCUCCUUAAAUCUGUAGGCCGAAUGUCUGAAGUUGAGAAGGAAGAUGAAGGGAAGGCACAAAGUUAG